AUGCAUAUCAAACAGAUCAUCAUCCAGGGCUUCAAAAGCUACAAGGACCAAACCGUCAUCGAGCCCUUCUCGCCAAAGCACAAUGUUAUCGUCGGUCGCAACGGUUCUGGCAAGAGUAACUUCUUCGCUGCUAUCAGAUUCGUCUUGAGUGAUGCCUAUACACAAAUGGGCCGUGAGGAGCGACAAGCUCUUCUACACGAAGGCUCAGGCUCAGCAGUCAUGUCAGCCUAUGUAGAGGUCAUCUUCGACAACACCGACGGCCGUUUCCCGACCGGCAGAGAAGAACUUGUCCUGCGCAGAACUAUCGGUCAGAAGAAGGAUGAAUACUCGCUCGAUCGCAGGAAUGCCACAAAGGCCGACGUCAUGAACUUGCUCGAAUCUGCUGGUUUCUCACGCUCAAACCCCUACUAUAUCGUUCCCCAAGGACGCGUCACGACCCUCACCAACAUGAAGGACGGCGAGCGUUUGAACCUGCUCAAGGAAGUUGCUGGUACUCAGGUCUACGAAUCGCGCAGAGCAGAAUCCCUCAAAAUCGUCACCGACACAGACAACAAGCGCGCAAAGAUCGACGACCUCCUAGCAUACAUCCGCGAGCGGUUGGGCGAGCUGGAAGAGGAAAAGGAGGAGCUCAGAGCAUACCAGGAGAAGGACCGCGAACGACGUUGUCUCGAAUAUGCCAUCUACCGCAACGAGCAAGAGGAAGUUGCAGACUGGCUGGCCCGCAUCGAUGAGGAACGCCAGAACGAUGUUGUCGGAGCGGAUGAACACAGCCAGGACUUCCUCCAAGGGGAGGAAGACUUGAAAGAGAUGGACAGUCAGAUCGGUCGACUCAAGCAGCAAAUCGAGUUCCUGGUCCUCGACAGACAACAACUCGAAGACGAGCGCAAGGAGGCUUCUCGUGAAAAGGCAAAGGUCGAACUGGACGUCAAGGCACUUACGGAUGGCCAGUCUGCAGCACAAUCGGCAAGAACUCGUCAUGCCAAUGAUCUGCAACAAGUUCGUGCCCAGAUCGAGCAGCGUGAGGCCGAGUUGGCCCAGAUUCUCCCCCAAUACAACGCACAAAAGGAGCAGGAGGCCACCAUCAAGAACCAGCUUGUCGAAGCAGAAGGCCAACGCCAGAGAUUGUACGCCAAACAAGGACGUCAAACGCAAUUUAAGAGCAAGCGUGACAGAGAUGCCUGGCUACGCAAAGAAAUUGCAGAAAUCAACGUCGCAUUGGCCACAAGAAAGGCCAUUGCUAUGCAAGCAUCAGACGAUGUUGCAGAGCUUGAGGAGGAAAUCUCGACUCUCGAAUCCGAGAUUGCAGAGUUGAGAAGUCGCAUCGAUAACCGCGGCGACGAGACGCAGACCAUGGCUGCCGAUGUACAAAAAGCCAAGGACGAGCGAGACCGCUUGAUGGACCAGCGCAAAGAGUUGUGGCGCGAAGAAGCAAGGCUCGAUUCAGUCAUCACAAAUGCUCAGCAAGAGCUCGAAAAGGCCGAACGUUUUCUUUCCCAUAUGACGGACCACAAUACGAGCCGAGGGAUUGCUGCUGUUCGUCGCAUCGCUCGUCAACACAAUAUUCCAGGUGUAUACGGCACUCUUGCUGAGCUAUUCGAGCCCUCAUCAGAACGAUACAAGACUGCCAUUGAGGUUACCGCCGGAAACAGCCUGUUCCACUACGUGGUGGAUUCUGACGACACCGCCACAAGAGUUCUCGAAAUCCUUCAACGAGAGAAGUCAGGGCGUGUAACAUUCAUGCCGCUCAAUCGCCUCCGACCAAGACCCGUCAACAUACCAAAUGCUGCUGAUGCGGUGCACCUUCUCACCAAGAUUACGUACGACAAGAAGUACGAGAAAGCAUUCGAACAAGUUUUCGGAAAGACUAUUGUCUGCCCCAACCUCGCAACUGCUUCACAAUACGCUCGUAGUCACGGUGUGUCUGCCAUUACGCCAGAGGGUGACCGUGCAGACAAGAAGGGUGCUCUCACUGGUGGUUUCCACGAUCCGAGAUCAUCACGCCUUGAUGGUAUACGCAAUGUUCAAGCAUGGCGAGCCAAGUACGAGGAACAUCGCAACCGUGGUGAUGAGAUUCGCCGCGAACUCGAGGCGCUGGACCAGCAAGUUACCAGGGCUGUCAGCAAUUUGCAGAAGAUUGAUCAAAAGCGUCUACAAGCGGAGAACAGUUAUGGUCCCCUUCGUCAAGAGCUGAGGAGCAAAACGAACGGUUUGCAAUCUAAACACGAAGAGCUCGACAAAAAGAAGCGCUCUCGUGACAAUGUUGAGCUUGCAGCAAGACAACUCGGAGAACAAGGCAGUGCCUAUGAGACAGAGUUGAGCACCGAGUACAGGAAAGCGCUCUCGGCAGAUGAAGAACGUCAGCUCGAGACCCUGAGCACAACUGUGCAAACCCUCCGAAAGCAAUUCUCGGACCUGAGUUCUACACGCUCAGAGCUUGAAGGUCGCAAGGCCAGCUUGGAAGUGGAGCUUCGUGAGAAUCUUCGUCUGAGACUUGACCAACUCCAAGCUCAAGAUGCUGAACUUGGUGCUGGCGGUGUCGCGGGUGGCAACGCACGCCUCGGAGAGAAGCAGAGGGAGCUCGAACGUGCAGACGGGGCUUUGUCGAGCGUUAUGAACAAACUCGAAGAAGCAGAGGCAACGCUCGAACAAGCACAAUCUAAACUUUCAGAAGCCAACACAUCGCGCGAGGAAAAGCAACGUCAACAAGAAGAGCUUGCUCGCUCCAUCUCUAAGAAGAAGAGAUCGAUGGAGAAGAAUACUGCCAAGCGUGCUACACUCAAGGAGAAGGAAGAGGCUGUGGGCAUCAGCAUCCGUAACCUCGGUGUGCUACCUGAAUCUGCCUUCCAAGAGCCUUAUAUCAGCAUGAACUGGGAUAAAGCAGCCAAGAGAUUGAACAAGGUCAAGAAUGCCCUCAAGGGCUACGGCCACGUCAACAAAAAGGCUUUCGAACAGUACAACUCAUUCACUCGCCAACGCGAAAGUCUCGAAACUCGUCGCAAAGAACUCGAAAACUCGCUGUCAAGUAUUCAAGAGCUCAUCGAUGUGUUGGAUCAACGUAAAGACGAAGCCAUCGAGCGCACCUUCCGCCAAGUCAGCAAGGAGUUUGCUCGUAUCUUUGAGAAACUGGUCCCGGCCGGUAAGGGUCGCCUGGUGAUCCAGCGCCGUACCGAUCGCAUCGCUCGAGGCGAGAAUGAUGAGGAAGACAGUGGCGAAGAUGGUGAAGGCAGAAAAGAUGGCGUCGAAAACUACACUGGUGUCGGCAUCAGUGUGAGUUUCAACAGCAAGCACGACGAACAGCAGCGUAUCCAACAACUUUCCGGCGGACAGAAGAGUUUGUGCGCUCUUGCCCUCGUCUUCGCCAUCCAAGCUUCGGAUCCUGCACCCUUCUACCUCUUUGACGAAAUCGAUGCAAACCUCGACGCCCAGUACCGUACUGCAGUCGCUCAAAUGCUGUCUGAGAGUUCCGAGAAGGGGCAGUUUAUCUGCACGACGUUCAGACCGGAGAUGUUGCUCGUGGCCGAAAAGUGCUACGGUGUGAGUUAUAUCAACAAGACCAGUAGUAUCGAUGUUGUGUCCAAGGAACAAGCAUUGGAUUUUGUGGAGGGACAGAUUAGCGGCAAGUAA